AUGGGACGAACCGAACUGGAACGGGAUUUGAGCAUAAUUUUCUCUCUCAUGCAAUCCGUGGCAUUGUGGCCGUACGAAUACGAUACGCUUCUACCGGCAUGGCUUCGAGGCCGUUAUCGGAUUUCAUCGAUUCUGAACGUGCUUUACUUCAUUUUUUGGCAAUUCAUUUGUCUGCACAUUGCUGUAUUUCACAUCAAAACGGUGCUGGAUAGUUUGGACAACUUCAACGAUCUGUUUCUGGUGAUGGUGAGCGCAAUCAUCUACUGCCUUAUGCUUCUGAUAAACCUAUACUUUCAACUGUACUAUCGAAAAAACGUCGAGCUCAUCAAAAUCUUGAAGGAAAUGUUCAAGCAGCGAUCAGCAGCCGGUCUAACGUACAUUAAGUUUGAGUCAUCCAGGCGGCACUUUAUACGGUUAUUCAAAAUCUGGAUCGUAACCUGCGUACUGGGAACACUGCACUGGGCAAUCUUUCCAAUUUUGCAACAAGAAAAAGUGCUGCCCCUUCAGUGUUGGUAUCCGUUCGACGUUCGCCAUUCGCCGAUGUACGAGUUGGCAUUCUUCGGACAAGUUCUUGGCCAGCUUCAGGUUGGAAUCGUAUACGGGAUGACCGGGGCACUUCUAAUGAUGUACAUCUUUACUGUUUGCGGUCAGUUCGACAUACUAUGCUGUAGUCUGAACAAUGUCUAUUACACGGCGAUGAUAAAUAGAGGCGGCAACCGAUUUACGCUGGCUGCCCUCCAAGCGGAUCAGGAGAAGAUUCUACGCGAACCGAGCCACUACUACAUAAAUGAAGUGUUUUUGGAGGAGUUGGGCCAAGCACCGAAGACGGCAACCAAGGCGUUUGCUCCGUUGCCAAUAAAGCAUCAAUAUUUGGAAAAGUUACAGGAUGACUUGGUAACGGCCUUGGAUGCAUGCAUAGAUCACCACGCAAUGCUUUUGAACUUUUGCCAUCAGCUAGAAGAGUGCUACCAUCCGUUCGUAAUGCUCAAGCUUGGACAGAUGUUGAGUUUGCUUUGUGUGCUAUCCUACAUGGCAACAGUGGUAUUUAAUCCAUUUCAACAGGACAGCCUGAGCGCCAUGAAGCUGAUGAAUAUUAUGGAAUAUUUCGUGCUGACUAUGACGGAGCUUUUUUUGUUUUGCUAUCUUGGUCAAACGUUGAUAAAUCAGAGUUCCAAAGUCGGCGAUGCCCUGAUGACAACACCCUGGUACGAGGGCGGUGCCACGUUUCGACGAAGGGUCGUAUUUAUAUUGAUGGCUUCCCAGAAAGCAUUGAAGCUAACCGCAUUCAAGAUGUAUCGUUUGGACUUUGAAACGUACUUUACAGUUUUAAAGACUGCAUUUUCCUACUACACGUUGCUCAAAAAACUGCAGAGUGGACAUCGUCGAUUCGUGGAUUGA